AUGUUUAAUAAAAGGGAUCAUAGCAAUCAUGUUCGCCGCGAUGGAGGCAUGUGCUUCGAGAUACCACCGUGGCAGCAUCUUCCUGUGGAGUUGGACAAACACCUUAUUAGCCUGAAGGAUAAAUUUAGAAACACUUGUUCGUCGAGGCGCCAAAUAAGGCCAUCACAAGUAGCUUUAGUUAAUAGCCAACUCUCUCGAUAUAUGGAUACUGUAUUGGCACCAUUCCUAGACACAUACCUUAGGAAUAUUCAGAAUUCUUACCAGCAGAUGACUAGUAAAAUACUGAGGAGGAUAAAAGAUGAUAUUAACAAUGCAGUUCAGAAAAAGAAUCAAAUUUACAAGGAAUUGAUUGACUUAGCAGAGGAAUUAAAAGUACCAGCAAUGUGUGAUGAAGAGCGUCGUCAAGCUCGCACCCUGGCCAGCAGGCAUGUUGCACAGAUUUACAGUUGUACAGAAGGAGCAAGGGCUUCUAUUGCAAAGAUGGGCAAAUACGCAGGAGAAAUGAUCGCCAUCACGAAGAAUCACAUGCAAAACUCAUUAGAAGAUGCAACUAAAUCUUUAGCAGCCAAAGUGCAACGGAGUAGAGGUUCACAAGAAAUCGAAGUUACAGCUUGUAUCAAGGAGUUAUCAACGGCGGCAGUAAAGCUGGGCUACGAGUUGGAUCUCAGUCUGACAAACGCGCGGCGCCACAAUGAACAGUCACAUGAGAAACUGACUGUAUGCGGUAAUAAGGUUAAGCGAAGUACGGACGAUGCUGUAACAGACUUGAAAGACCAGCUGUAUCAAUGUGUUUAUGCCUAA